CGAAGUCCAAAGGCGGGCUUUCUUUCUUCGAUUGAUUAGGGUUUUGCGCAGAGUUGUGAAAAGGAAGCCAUGAGCAGGAGCUUGGGAAUACCAGUGAAGCUACUUCACGAGGCCACUGGUCAUGUGGUCACCGUAGAGCUGAAGAGCGGAGAGCUCUAUAGAGGAGGUAUGAUCGAGUGCGAAGACAACUGGAAUUGUCAGCUCGAGAACAUUACCUACACCGCCAAGGAUGGAAAAACAUCCCAACUUGAACAUGUAUUUAUUCGAGGCAGCAAAGUCAGGUUUAUGGUCAUACCAGACAUGCUGAAGAAUGCUCCCAUGUUUAAGCGAUUGGAUGCUAGAAUUAAGGGCAAGGGUGCAUCACUUGGAGUUGGUAGGGGCAGAGCAGUUGCAAUGCGAGCAAAGGCUCAAGCUGCUGGCCGUGGAGCUGCACCUGGUAGGGGGGUUGUACCACCGGUGCGGAGGUGAUUAGCCUUGUAAUUACCUUUUCAUCUCUGCCCUUCAUUUUCCCUCUGCAUGCCGAAUGUGGAUAGCCGGACUGGAAACCUCCAUUUUCCCUCACCAUGUUGAGCGUUGGGAACGAAAUCAAAGGAGGUGGUAAUUGAAAAGAAAAAAUAACACAGCUAAUAUCCUGUGUCCUUUCUACCCAAAAAAAAAAUAAAAAAAAUCCUGUGUCCCAUUCCACUAUCAUGUGAUUUUAUUCCUUUUGAUUAGUCAUCCUCAACUGCUAUUCGGUAUUGAUGUCUGAUUUCUCGGUGCUAAUAGAAUUAUAUACUAGUUCAACUUUCAUUUUGAGCCCCUAGUUAUGUUAGGAGUUGGGUACGUUGUGGUGUGUUUGAACUGGUUUACAGUGACAAAAUACUGGAGCAAUGACAAUUGCGUCAUUUGUAAGGGAAUUAUAAUUUAAGCGGUUAGUCUUCUUUUAUUACAAACUAAGCCCAAAAUGGAUCAGCCCUUUGUUAAA